AUCUGAAGCGAGUCAGUGAGUCGAGACUGUCCGUCAGAGGGAGUCCUGCUUCUGUCCCGCGUUUCUCUUUGGAUCGAGUUAUUUGUUCGUGCAAUUAGUUUCGAGUCUCGAUGUGCGUCAGUUUCUCUUCAGUUUCCCACCUCCUUCAACACUGAGUUGAUGCUUCACUUGUGCGCAGCGCGCGCCGGACUCUCUGGAUUACUUUCUUGACCGCAAACAAACUCUUGCACAGAUACACACUUCUGAGAUCCAGCCUCACAGAAGCAACAUGUUGUGGAAAUUAGCAGAUAACGUCAAGUAUGAAGAUGACUGCGAGCAGGAAAGACAUGAUGUUAGCAGCAAUGGGAACCCUCGGUUACCUCACAUCCCUGCGGUGAGCCAGCACAUUUACAGCCCGCCACCGUCCCUUUCUCACCCAGCCAGCUCGGACUUCCAGCCUCCGUAUUUCCCUCCACCUUACCAGCCUAUACCAUACACCCAACCCAGCGACCCGUACUCCCAUCUGGGCGACCCGUUUAACAUCAACCCCAUACACCAGUCUGCAAACUCCAAUCAGCAGCAGUCAUGGCCCGGACGGCAAGGUCAGGAGGGCAUCGGAGGUCACGGUCGAAGCGGACUCGCAAGUCCUAUUCUGGGCCUGGAUGGGGGCUCGUCCGGGAUGCGGCGGGAUGGUUUUAGGAGACCAGAACUGCUGCCUCCGCAUAUCCAUGGAAUCGACUCUUUAGGCGACAACAUUGGUUUGCACGAUAUAGGUCAUGGGAUGGAAGAUGUUCAGCACGAAGGUGAUCACAGUAUUAUAAUCCCAGAUCAUACGGUCAUCAAAAAAGGUCCGGUGUCUCUGCCCAAGGGAAAUGCAUUUGGGAUUCCCUUUCAGAAAGAGUCAUUGCUGGGAAUGGUGUCGAAUCCCACUGAGGUCUUCUGUUCGGUUCCUGGCCGUCUCUCUCUUCUCAGCUCCACUUCCAAGUAUAAAGUAACUGUGGCAGAAGUUCAGAGACGCCUGUCACCGCCCGAGUGUCUGAACGCAUCCCUGCUUGGAGGAGUAUUACGCAGGGCAAAAUCAAAGAACGGUGGUCGAUCUUUGAGGGAGAAACUGGAUAAAAUUGGGUUGAACUUGCCAGCGGGUCGCAGAAAGGCUGCUAACGUCACCUUACUUACUGCACUGGUAGAAGGUGAGGCCGUACACCUGGCCAGGGAUUUUGGGUAUGUCUGUGAGACGGAGUUUCCCGCGAAGGCCAUCGCAGAAUAUCUUGGCCGACCGCAUGUGGAACGCAAUGAAAUCAACUCUCGCAAAACCAUGCUGUUGGCAGCCAAGCAAAUCUGCAAGGAGUUCACCGACUUGCUGACUCAGGACCGAUCUCCUCUGGGAAACUCUAGGCCGGCUCCCAUUCUGGAGCCCGGGAUUCAAAGCUGCCUGACUCACUUCAGCCUCAUCACCCAUGGUUUUGGUUCUCCGGCUAUCUGUGCGGCCAUGACCUCGCUGCAAAACUACCUCAACGAGGCGCUCAAACAGGUGGACAAAAUGUACGUGAGUUCAGCCGGAGACUCCUCGCAAGCCUCUUCUGAUGGUACCAAUAAAGCAGACAAGAUGGACAAACACCGAAAGUGAGGCUUGAUUGGAUUUGGAUUGGGACCAUUUGAGCGCAAUAACCGUUUUUUUGUAGCGGAACUACGUUUUUACCAGAUCUGUCGUCGUUGUUGUUGUUGUAGUAGUCGAAUUUGUUUCCGUUCUGCUUUUUUUUUUUGUUCCGACGUCAAGGUUUAAAGUCGAGUCUUGGUCUUCCAGCACUUUCUCCUCCGCAAAGACACAAACACAUUUCAAUGCUUAGCCUUAGAGUUGUUUAUCGGCCAAUCCCGAUUCAGAUGCUCAUCAGGAAGUUGUCUCUCAGAGGGGGGAACUGCUAAAAAAAAGAGGAAGUUGUCGAGUUUCCCCAAAGACACCAUUUCAAGAGCUGACGUGGAUUUUAACAAUGUUUUUCUUUCACUACCGAUCUGGGAGGAGGAAGCUGGGUUUCUCUGUGUCCUCCUCCUUGGUGCUGACCUCCUAAUGGACUUAUCAAGGAUGUGAUUAUAUGUUUUUGAGACAUUAUACGCUUCAUUGGACACAGUGUUAUUGUUCUUCUGUUUGUGGGAGUGUUGUCGGCAUGAGUGGUUGUUUUUGUGUGUGUGUGUGUGUGUGUGUGUGUGUGCAUAGAUUUACAUGAUAACUAAGCCCUAUAUUCACGAUAUCAGUGGAUUUUUUUUACUAUUUGUGACCCUGGAUCCCAAAACCUUUAGUCUUAAGUUGCACAGGUUUCUUUUUGUUAAUGGCAAAAAUCCAUUGUGUAGGUAAAAAUUUUAUUUAUUGGCAAAAAUCUUUAGGAUAUUAGGUGAACAUUACUCAAUCUUUCAUGUUCCAUGAAGACAUUUUAGGUUUAUUUCUAUAAAUCUCUCAAAACCUAAUCUUUGUUCAGGAAUAUGCCUUGCUGAUGACUUCAUUUGAACAACUUUAAAGGUGAUUUUCUGAAUAUUAAGAUUUUUUUAACCCUCACAUUGGAGAUUUUCAAACAGUUGUGUCUCGACCAAAUAUUUUCCCAUCAUAACAAAACAUACUUCAACUGAAAGCUUAUUUAUUCAGUUUUCAGAUGACGUGUCGUCUCAAUUUUCUAAGCCAUAUUUUCACGAUAUCAGUGGAUUUUUACCAUUUGUGACUCUGGAUUUUUCACAAAUCCUUCAGUCUUAAGUUGCACAGGUUUAUUUUUUGAGUAGCAAAAAUCCAUUGUGUAGGUCAAUUUUAUUCAGGGCCAAAUUUUUUAAGGUUAUUAAGUGAACAUUACUCAAUCUUUCAUGUUCUACAAAGACAUUUUGUAGGUUUAUUUCUAUAAAUCUAUCAAAACCUAAUUUGUGUUCAGUAAUAUGCAUUGCUGAUAACUUCAUUUGAACAACUUUAAAGGAAGUUUUUCUGAAUAUUUUAAUUUUUUUAACCCUCACAUUGGAUAUUUUCAAACAGUUGACUCUCGACCAAAUAUUUUCCCAUAAUAACAAACCAUACAUCAACGGAAAGGUUAUUUAUUUGCUUUUCAGAUGACCUGUAUGUCUCAAUUUUCUAAGCCAUAUAUUCAUGAUAUCAGUGGAUUUUUACCAUUUGUGACCAAAAAUAUUAAGUGAACAUUACUCCAUCUUCCAUGUUCCAUGAAGACAUUUUAGGUUUAUUUCUAUAAAUCUAUCACAACCUAAAUUUUGUUUAGUAAUAUGCAUUGCUGAUAACUUUAUUUGGACAACUUUAAAGGUGAUUUUCUGAAUAUUUAGAUUUUUUUUAACUCUGACAUUACAGAUAUGGUAUUUCGACCAAAUAUUGUCCCAUAAUAACAAACCAUACAUCAACGGAAAGCUUAUUUAUUCACUUUUCAGAUGACGUGUACAUCUAAAUUUUCAAUAUCAGUGGAUUUUUUACCAUUUGUGAAUUUUCACCAGUCUCAAGUUGUACAGGUUUCUUUUUUGUGUAGCAAAAAUCCAUUGUGUAGGUCAACACUUUAUUUAAUGACAAAAAUCUUUAGGAUAAUAAGUGAACAUUACUUAAUCUCCCAUGUUUCACGAAGACAUUUUGUAGGUUUAUUUCUAUAAGUCUCUCAAAACCUAAUCUUUAUUUAGUAUGAUGCCUUGCUGAUAACUUCAUUUGAACAACUUUAAAGGAAGUUUUUCUGAAGAUUAAGAUUUUUUUAACCCUCACAUUGGAGAUUUUCAAACAGUUGUGUCUUGACCAAAUAUUGUCCCAUCAUAACAAAACAUACAUCAACUGAAAGCUUAUUUAUUCGCUUUUCAGAUUACGUGUCGUCUCAAUUUUCUAAGCUCUAUUUUCACGAUAUCAGUGGAUUUUUACCAUUUGUUACUCUGGAUUUUUCACAAAACCUUUAGUCUUAAGUUGCACAGGUUUCUUUUUUUGAGUAGCAAAAAUAAUAAAUAUGCAUUGCUGAUAACUUCAUUUGGACAACUUUAAAGGUGAUUUUGUUGAAUAUUUAGAUUUUUUUAACCCUCACAUUGGAGAUUUUCAAACAGUUGACUCUCGACCAAAUAUUAUCCCAUAAUAACAAACCAUACUUCAACUGAAAGCUUAUUUAUUCAGUUUUCAGAUGACGUGUACAUCUCAAUUUUCUAAGCUCUAUUUUCACGAUAUCAGUGGAUUUUAACCAUUUGUGACUCUGGAUUUUUCACAAAACCUUCAGUCUUAAGUUGCACAGGUUUCUUUUUUUGAGUAGCAAAAAUAAUAAAUAUGCAUUGCUGAUAACUUCAUUUGGACAACUUUAAAGGUGAUUUUUCUGAAUAUUUAGAUUUUUUUAACCCUCACAUUGGAGAUUUUCAAACAGUUGUGUCUCGACCAAAUAUUGUCCCAUCAUAACAAACCAUACAUCAACGGAAAGCUUAUUUAUUCGCUUUUCAGAUGACAUAUACAUCUCUAUUUUCAAUAUCAGUGGAUUUUUUACCAUUUGUGAAUUUUCACCAGUCUCAAGUUGUACAGGUUUCUUUUUUAGUGUAGCAAAAAUCCAUUGUGUAGGUCAACACUUUAUUUAAUGCCAAAAAUCUUUAGGAUAAUAAGUGAACAUUACUUAAUCUCCCAUGUUUCACGAAGACAUUUUGUAGGUUUAUUUCUAUAAAUCUAUCAAAACCUAAUCUUUAUUUAGUAUGAUGCCUUGCUGAUAACUUCAUUUGAACAACUAUAAAGGAAGUUUUUCUGAAUAUUAAGAUUUUUUUAACCCUCACAUUGGAGAUUUUCAAACAGUUGUGUCUCGACCAAAUAUUGUCCCAUCAUAACAAAACAUACUUCAACUGAAAGCUUAUUUAUUUGUUUUUCAGAUGACGUGUACAUCUCAAUUUUCUAAGCUCUAUUUUCACAAUAUCAAUGGAUUUUUACCAUUUGUGACUCUGGAUUUUUCACAAAACCAGUCUUAAGUGGCACAGGUUUCUUUUUGUUAAUGGCAAAAAUGUAUUGUAUAAGCAAAAAUUUUAUAUUUAGUGGCAAAAAUCUUUAAGUUAAGUGAACAUUACUCAAUCUUCCAUGUUUCACAAAGACAUUUUGUAGGUUUAUAUCUAUAAAUCUAUCAAAACCUAAUCUUUUUAAAGUAAUAUGCAUUGCUAAUAACUUUAUUUGGACAACUUUAAAGGUGAUUUUCUAAAUAUUUAGAUUUUUUUAACCCUCACAUUGCAUAUUUUUUUAAUAGUAGUAUCUUGACCUCAUAUUGUCCUAUCAUAACAAACCAUACAUCAACCGAAAGCUUAUUUAUUCAUUUUUAGGUGACGUAUACAUCUCAAGUUCCUCAAAUGUACACUUAUGACUAGUUUUGUGGUAUUUUUGGGGUCACAUAUGAGACAUCUUCCAUCUCAUUCAGCUAGGAACAAUGAAAAAGACCCUCAUGAUUAAGUUAACAUGAUCAAAUAUCAUAAGCAUAGGUGUGUUUGUGUGUAUGAGCGUGUUCAUCUGUUUGUUGCCUUUACGUACAGAAGUUAAAUGUUCCAUUUGUCUUUCCCCAAAUGUAAAUAUUUUCUAAUUUAUGUUGUAAUUUAAUGGGAUUUGUAAAUAUUGGUACAAUUAUGGUGUUUGGUUCCCACUUUUUAAGAAAAACAGACGUGUUAAGCUUUUAUAAAGGGUUUUAUUUUGUUGUUUUGUUUUCAAUAAUAUAGUGGUUAGGCUAUGGGGGAUCGAUAUGCUUUGAUAUGUGUAAUAUUGGUUUUAAAGCUGUAGGAAUAAAAACUCAACACUCUUGAAUUGUGUUGACCGAGACUCUCCAUUUUUAUGAUUUGUAGAGUUGUACACUUCACUACACGCAUGCCCUGCCAGUGAGGCGUGUGGAAAAAUGGCCAAUUCAUGUGUAUAAAGAUUCCUUUUUAAAAUAAAUGUCAGCAAUGCUCACAGAAA